CGGCUGACUUAGCUUUACGAAGGCGCAGACAAACAAAACCCUAACCUAAGUGACCUCCUCAUACGGUUCGAAAAAUUGUGCCGGUGAAGUGCGGGGUUUAUGCUGUCAAAGUUGAUCAGAAACAGCUGGUUGUUCAAGAGAUAGCGUUUAAAAUGACUACGUCUGGGAUUCCUGAUAAAAUUUGGCAACCGAAGUUUGGUGUUCUCGAAACCACGAUGGGCGAGAUUGUAAUUGAACUUUACUGGAAACAUGCUCCAAACACAUGUCGAAACUUCGCGGAGCUAUGCAGGAGAGGGUACUACAAUGGAACUAAAUUCCACAGAAUAAUCAGAGAUUUUAUGAUUCAAGGUGGUGAUCCAACUGGAACUGGUAAGGGAGGUCAAUCAAUUUACGGAAGAGAAUUUGAUGAUGAAAUUCAUGAAGAGCUGAAGCACACAGGAGCUGGAAUUCUGUCCAUGGCCAAUUCAGGCCCCAAUACAAAUGGGUCUCAGUUCUUUAUAACACUUGCUCCAGCUCAGUGGUUAGAUGGUAAACAUGCUAUAUUUGGACGAGUGUACACUGGUAUGGGUGUCGUGAAAAGAAUAGGAUUAGUGGAGACAGAUAAAUCAGACAGGCCAGUAGAUGAUAUUGAAAUUGUUCAAAGUUCUGUGUCUAUGAACUAAUUAAAAUGUGUCUUAUUUAAUUUUAUUGACAAGAAAAAAACCUUCUUUUUUAGAGUUAAGUCUUUUAUUAAAUAAAAAAAAAAAUCUUUAACAUAAAACUUUAGAAA